GCAUAAAGGCGAGGUUCACAGCGAAAAACUUGCGAUACAUGGCAUGGAGGAGCCAGCGGUCAGCCGCAGCCUUAUGUGUGUUAAGUUAGGUGGAGGAGCUGCAGAACAUGGUGUGAACCCGAGCUGAAGCAAAGCCCUCGUCUAGCUGCUCCGAGUCCUGUUCUUUUUUUUUUUUCCCUUCUUCUUCUUUUUUCCUCUUCCAUUUCUAAUUUCCUUCUUUCUCCUCGGUGAAAUCUGACACAUCAGCGGCUCUAGUUUCUGGAUUGGCAGAUUUACACUAAUUGGCCUCUGCGCUUCGCAGUCAGGCGGUAUCACUCAGCUCCAACUGUAGUAUUUUAGAUGCCUUCAAGUUUGAGCCAGAGGGACAACCCCUAAGCUCCGUUUCUGCACGAGGGACAGACACACGGACGUCUCCGUCAUCUUCUGCUGUAUGAAACGGACGCGUCUCGGCGAAAAGGUGGUCACCGAUUGGACGGGAAUCAUGGCAGCUACUUUAUCAGCGGAGGAAGAACAGGCUACCAGGCAGUUUCUGGAGGAAAUCAACAAGUGGACCAGUCAGCAUGGAGUGUCCCCGUUGUCCAGGGAAUUGGCCGUCAAGUUCCUCAUGGCUCGCAAGUUUGAUGUGCUCCGAGCUAUCGAGCUGUUCCACAGUUACAGGGAAACGCGUCUUAAAGAAGGAAUUGUCAGACUUCAGCCUCAAGAGGAGCCUCUGCGGUCAGAGCUGCUCAGUGGAAAGUUCACUGUGUUGAGUGUACGAGACCCUUCAGGGGCCUCCAUCGCCUUGUACACAGCCAAACUUCAUCACCCCAACAAGACAGGCAACCACGUGGUGCUUCAGGCCCUCUUCUACCUCCUAGAUCGGGCUGUGGAAAGCUUCGAGACUCAGAGGAACGGCUUGGUGUUUAUCUAUGACAUGGCAGGCUCCAACUACACAAACUUUGAGCUGGACCUCAGCAAAAAGAUCCUCAACUUGCUCAAGGGGGCGUUCCCUGCCAGGCUGAAGAAAGUGUUGAUUGUCGGGGCCCCAGUUUGGUUUCGAGUGCCCUACAAUCUGCUCAGCCUGCUUCUCAAGGAGAAACUUAGGGAGAGGGUUCAGAUGGUAAAAAUGGCUGAGUUGCGCCAACACCUCCCCAGAGACUGUCUCCCUCAGCACCUCGGUGGCCUGCUGCCUCUGGACGCAUACAGCUGGAACCAGCAGUUACUGGCUGGCCAGAAUGGCAGAAUAGACCCUGUGGAUGAGUUGGUGGCCAUCCCCUUUGAAGAUACCUCCAUUCAUGUCCCUGGACCCGAGUCCAUGCGCCCUCAGGAGCUGCUGGCCCACCUCGGCAGGCUACAGCGCUCAGGCAUCCAUCAGGAGUAUGAGGAGCUGCGCAAAGAAGCACCGCCCGGAACCUUCCACUGUGCACAAGCAGCCUACAAUCAGGAGAGGAAUCGCUAUGGCGACGUGCUGUGCCUUGAUCAGACAAGAGUUCGUUUGAAACCCAGAAAGAAUGAGAGAUCUGACUACAUCAAUGCGAGCUUCAUGGAUGGCUACAAACAGAAGAAUGCAUACAUUGGUACUCAAGGACCACUGGAAAGGACCUACGGUGAUUUCUGGAGGAUGGUCUGGGAACAAAAUGUCCUUGUUAUUGUCAUGACAACCAGGACAGAUGAAGGCAGUCGGAGGAAGUGUGGACAGUACUGGCCUCUGGAGGACGGCGGACAGGAGGUCUACGGCCACAUAGCGGUGGUGAACCAGAGGGUGGACCGCCACACCCACUACAACCACACCACCCUUGAACUGCACAACACUGAGACAUGUGAACAGAGACAAGUGAGUCAUUUCCAGUACCUCAGCUGGCCCGACUACGGCGUACCCACCUCAGCAGUGACUCUGAUUGACUUCCUGGGAGCUGUGAAGAGACAACAGAGAAAAAUGGUCAAGGCUCUGGGAUCUCAGUGGACAGGCCACCCGCUGGGACCUCCAAUGGUGGUCCACUGUAGUGCAGGGAUUGGGAGAACAGGUACCUUCUGUGCCCUGGACAUCUGUCUGUCCCAGCUACAGGACGUAGGCUCACUUAACGCGUGCCAGACAGUGCGGCGCAUGAGAACACAGAGGGCCUUCAGCAUUCAAACCCCGGACCAGUACUACUUCUGCUACAACGCCAUUUUGGAGCACGCCCAAAGACAGGGCCUCAUCCCAGCCAAUCAGUGAGCUUCAGCCAUGACUUUCCAGACCAGUCCAUAAGCCCUGUGAUUCCUGCAGUCAGUCUGUUAACCCCAAGCCAUGUUAGCCCAGGAAAAGUAACUUCCUCACAGACGCUGUCUCUUUUAAAACUAGGCCAUUGUUUACUGGCAGACCAGGACAAGACGGUGACAAUAAACGGCUUGAUUGUUUGAUUGUUGACUUGUUUGGGGGGUUUUUUUGUUUUGGUUUUUUUGGGUUUUUUUAAAUAUGAUGACAUUCUGGCUGCCAAUAAUGUGACUUUUUGUUUUUGCCAAACAUAUCUCCAAAACUGCAUGUUGGCGUGAAGAACCUGCUCAGUGCUGCGCAGUUAUGUUGCGUGUGUGAGAUCAGACCCGCUGGAUGAAGUGAGAUAAUGUUGGUUGACCUUUCAUUCAUUUAUUUAUUUGUUGCUGAUGGUUUAGGGACCUUUUUUUUUUUUUUUUUUUGUUUUUUUUUAAAGGAAGUAGUUUACCCCAAGAGCUAAAACCCUUUAACAUGGCCGCACAGUCCAAAAAGGCUUUUACAUUUCCCUUAACUGCUGCUGUUGUGUUUCAUGGCCAUAUAAAUUCCACCUAGGAUGAAUUACUUCCUGUACAAGAGCUGAGAUGGACUUGUGGCUGCUAUCUUGCUUCGUGUUUUCUUGGACAAAUUGUACUUAGCGAAGUUGGGGAAUAAGAUAUUGACAUUGUUGUCAUUUUGGGGUAACAUUCCUUGAAAACAGUACCAUGUCUGUUCACGUGUGGAAGUGUGGUCUAUGUUAUGUAACAGUAGCUCGUGAUAAAUGUUUGAACUUUGGGAGAGUCAGAUUUGGGAUAUUUUCCACCACUGUCCCUUCUCACGUGUAGAACUUGGGAGGAAAUGGUCUGGUUCAAACGUGCCUACACCGCUGGAAGUGCGGUUUAGGCGAGGUAGCUGCCUGAUCAGACCAUCCUGUAAGUGGCGCACAUGACACCCACUUGCUGGCAGUGGAUGUAGCGGGGAAAACUAAUUGUGCUUUUUCACAGACUUUCUAAUGAAGAGCUGGCAGGUUGAAGACCGGCUAAUGACCGAUUUCGGCUGUGGACGUUGGAUGUGAAAAUGGCUCCAGAUGGUACGAGCUAGUUUUCACAUAGUCUCAGGAGCGUCAUACUGAACACGAGGUGGUGAAACCACAGUCACAGAAUUCAUUUUCCCAAGAAGCCGUUUCAUUCCGUAGAUGCACUCUCCUCAGCCUGAAUGAGUAAAGCACAUCCAAAAAUGAUAAUCCUGUCAGAUCCCAAAUGGCGUUAAGUCUUGUCUGUGAUCACUCCUUAAAUUACUGUCCAUGUUCCUUUUUUUUUGUUUGUUUUUGUUUUUUUUCUUUUCAGCUCAAGGACCGUUUCAGCUAAAUAUGGAGUCCAUGGCAGCUUUUCUCUGUGAGCUGUGCCAUUAAUGCUUUAGUUAUUGUGGGAAUGUAUUGCUGAGCUCCCCACACAUAUGCGCACACACUUGUUUAGAGCAGUUCAUGCUGCAGUUACCACUUACGCGUGCAUCUGUACAUCAGUUAAGACCUCAUGAGUAGUGCAAUAAUUUUGUUUUGUUUUUGUUUUUUUUGGUUAAACUGAUCACGUCUUGGCACUUUGAAAUAACUAUUCCCAACGUGCUCUGAGAUUGGUCAUUGUGGCAAAAGGAUGGGAGGACAAAUGAGGCUUCAUAGUAGUAAUUUAGCUCUAUACGUGAUGCUGGGAUAACUUGAUUAUUAUUGUAAAUUUAGUGACUCCUAAAUAUAAACCAUUUAGUAAUGUUUACUGUAAAAAAAAAAAAAAAAAUCUGCAUAGAGCUUUAUUGGGACAAAUUGAGCUGAUUUUACUGGGAAACUAGACAAUGAUAGAGUUGAACCAAGCACAAAUCUGUGCCUACACCUUAUGACGUCCAUCUGGGAAACGUGAGCAUCAGAAACUUAAGUAUAUUUUCAUUAUUAUUGUGUUAUUUUCAGUUCUACAGACUGUGGUUGAAAUCUGUGCUUUGGUCCCAGUAUCUUGCCAUUAUUAUUGAGCACAUCUACAAAAACUGUGUGUUAUAUGUUGCAUUAUGUCGUUGCUGGGUAAAAACAAAAAAAGUGUUCUUUGCUACAGAAUUCAUAUUGAAUUUGCUUGUAGUGAAGCAUUUUUUUUUUUUUGUCUGCCAUCCUCCAUGUAGUCUGAUUUGUAGAGUUUCUUUUCCUUUCGAUGAUGCACACAAAAUGUGCGCUAUUUUAUUUUUCUAUUAUUCAACAACUGUUUUCAUACGAUUAGCUAGGAUUAUACAAUUAUCUACAUUAAUUUUAUAUUUGUUCUGUUAUAACCUGUUUAUCAUUUGUAUGACUAGUGAUUCAAGUUAUACUGUAUUAAAU